CCGAGCUCCAGGAAGUGAAGGGGGGCUGGCUUUAGCCGACGGAGUAAGACGGAACGUUGCUUGAAUAGAGGAGGGAAAUAGAAAGUGAGAUUAUUUUCAAACUGAUUGUCUUUGUUGGGGGCCAUAGCUGGUUAUGCGCUACACAUUUGCAAAAUGGAUAACAAGCAAGAAGCAGAGAUUGCUCCCAGCAAUGAAGCCUUUCAGUUCAGAAUGGGUCUCAAUGACAACAAAGCUGGGAUGGAAGGGCUGGAUAAGGAAAAAAUCAAUAAGAUCAUAAUGGAUGCAACCAAGGGCUCACGAUUUUAUGACAAUGAACUCAAGAAAGACCAGCAAGUUAACCAGCGUAUUGAAAAGAUGAUGCAACAAAAAUCGCAGCUGACCAGCCAGCAAAUAAGGAAAGCCCAGAUUCAGGUGGAUAGACUAGCCUUGGCACUUGAAAAGAACCGUGACUUAAGCCGCAUUAUAGUUCAUGUUGAUAUGGAUGCGUUUUACGCAGCUGUAGAAAUGCGAGAUAACCCAGAGCUGAAAGACAAGCCAAUGGCAGUGGGCUCAAAGAGCAUGCUGUCCACAUCAAACUAUCUAGCAAGAAGGUUUGGUGUAAGAGCUGCAAUGCCAGGAUUUAUUGCUAAGAAGUUGUGUCCCGCACUCAUAAUUGUUCCACCAAACUUUGAUAAGUAUCGAGCAGUAAGUUCAGAGGUCCGUGAAAUUCUAGCCCAGUAUGACCCCAAUUUUUUACCUAUGAGUCUUGAUGAAGCUUACCUGGACUUCACAGAUCAUUUGAGUGAGCGCCUGAGUUGGACAGAGGACAAGAGGACAUUUAUAAUUGGAGCUGAAAACUCAGAGGAGAACAAACCUCUGUCAGGUAAACAAGAACAAGUAGAGUGUACGUCACCAAUUCUUUUUGAAGACAGCCCGUCCUUUGUAGCAGACCAGAAUGUUAGCCAACCAGGGCAGGACACAACUGAAGAAAUCAGAAGACCAUCACUAGAGAAAGCAGUUGUGUUUGGAACCUCAGUUGAGGAAGCAGUAAAGGAAAUGAGAUUCCGCAUUGAGCAGAAAACUACAUUGACUGCAAGUGCUGGCAUUGCUCCAAACAUGAUGCUAGCAAAAGUUUGCAGUGAUAAGAAUAAGCCCAAUGGACAAUACAGAAUUGCCAACGACAGGCAAGCCAUCAAGGACUUUAUCAAAGAUUUGCCAAUUAGAAAAGUACCUGGCAUUGGCAAAGUAACAGAGAAAAUGUUAAAAGCUCUGGAAGUUGUGACUUGUACAGACCUCUACCAGCAGAGGGCAUUGCUCUCACUUCUCUUCUCUGAGACUUCAUGGCAGAAUUUUGUACACAUAUCACUGGGUCUUGGCUCUACACAUGUAGAAAGAGAUGGAGAAAGAAAAAGCAUGAGUACAGAAAGGACCUUCAGUGAGAUGAGUUCUGCUGAGGAGCAGUAUGGCUUAUGCCAGGAGCUUUGCAGGGAUCUUUCCAAAGACCUACAGAAGGAAGGGCUCAAGGGUAAAACUGUGACAAUCAAACUGAAAAAUGUUACAUUUGAGGUACGAACCAGGGCCCUGACUGUCACAUCGCCAGUUUCUACAGAAGAGGAGAUCUUUGCUGUUGCUAAAGAAAUUCUUAAAGCAGAAAUUGAUUUGGCAUCACCGGAGCCAUUACAACUAAGACUGAUGGGUGUUCGAGUAUCAGGUUUCUUAAAUGAAGAAGAGAAAAAACAUCACCAGAAGAGCAUUACUAGUUUUUUGCAUUCGGGCAAGCCAGGAAGCUCCCUUUCAUUGGGACAGUCUGAUAAAGCAGAUCCAUCCGCACUGGCUACAAGUCCUCAGAGACAGAGCUUUUUUAAUCAGAAGCGAGCAGCCAGGGAACAUAUGGUACAAGACAAACAAGCACUUUGUAGUGGAUUUGUUAGUGAUGAUGCAACAAAAUCAGACUCAGAAGGAAAAACAGAAACAUCUGUCAAAGAAAAUGUGCAUCAAAGGCCAGAAUUUACUUGUCCAAUUUGUUUUCUAAAAGAAAGCGGCUGGGAUAUUGCAACCUUUAAUAAGCACAUCGACAAAUGUUUAAGUGGAUCACCUGCAUCUAGUGAGCUUGAAAGUCCAUAUAAAGAAGGUGCUGUUAUGGUGAAGACUUUAGGUAGUGAUAAGGAAGUCCAGUGUGAAGACAUACAGUAUGCAGAUGUUUGCACAACGAAGCCAACUGAAGACACAAGGUCACUGGAUGCAUUCAAUGCCUUUGUUAUUAAUAAUACUGAAACCACAACAGUUCAACAUGUUGAACUGCACAUAAAUGUGGACCAAUGCCAACAAUCAAUUAUUGCUACAAGUUUAAAGAAUGAAUACAAGAUGGCUCCUGAGCCUAUUUGUGCAGAAAGUGUAAUGGAAUGUAAAGUAAACCUCGGCAAUGAAGAAGUGGCCCUUCCAAGUUCAACUGCCCCCUGUGAGGAACAAGCAUUUAUUUGUCCAGUCUGUAACUUAAGACAAAACACGCCAGAUCUUACAGCAUUUAACAGACACGUAGAUGUGUGUCUUAAUAAAGGAAUUAUUCAAAAGCUUACUGAGGAAACAGUUGUUAUAAAUCACCCAGUACCAAGUUCUCAACACACAGGAAGCAUAGGAAGAGGAAGUAGCAGCAAUAAUACAAAAUUACGCACAAAAAGACCUGCAGCAACGAACCAGAAUCCAGCGUCCAAGAAAUCCAAGCCAAAUUCUUCCAAAAACACCAUCGACAGAUUCUUCAAGUAGAAUUUCAAUGACUCUUAUGAAGAGGAAUUUAAUUAAACUGAAUUUAUUAUGCAAGACUAUUUUAUAUAGUAAUUUAUAUGAAAAAUCUUAUUAUCAUUGUGUUUGUAUAUAAAAAUACAGAUUAUGGAUGUUUGUACCAGAAAUUGGGGCCUAGAAUUGGGGAAUUAGAGACCAUAUGCACAAGAGUUAAAUAUGAACCCAAAUUGUGCAAAAAUAUAUUGUGUAUGGCAAUAAUAAGUGGAGCUCUAGGUGAGAACUAAAUUCAUACAGGGUAAUUUAAUAAAAAGUGCUUUGGGCAUCCUGAAGCAGAUAAUUAGACUAUAAGGUUGGAUAUUGAAAGCAACUUCUGAUGUAGCAGAUGUAUUAGAGCUCACUCAAAUAACUGAUUCUACUACAAACAAAAUCUAACUAAAUAACUGCCUUUUGCACAAAUCCUGCAUGUAAUGAUACAGGAUUUCUGGUGAUUUAACUGUCAAUAAAUAUCUGACGCCCAACUCCUGCAUGAAGAGAGAAUGAAGAGAAUCAGAUGCUGAGAGAGGAAUAGUGAAGAUAAACUUAAUCAUUUCAGAAACAGUACAGAAUUUUUAAUUGAUUGUAUUUACAUUGUUUUAUAUUUCAGUAUGCUAAAGCUUAUAUUCAAUUUUCACAAUAGUUCCCCUUUAAAUAUCAGAUAUUUUCUGACCUUAAAGUGGGUUGUUAACCUAGAGGUCAGGGAGCGCAUAUGGGUCCCCAAACUGUUUUAGUCUCAAUGAUCCCCCUAACAUCCUAACUGUUAAACAAGGUAUACAAAUAAAUGUUUAGGUUACAAAGCUAGUGCUAUGCCUUACUUUUAUUAACUGGAUGCUUCCUGGUGUAUAUGGGGAACAGUCAAUGGCUGGAAUAUUGGCAACAUAUAUUGAACUUCAAUGACUUUUAAGCAGGCUGCAAAAACCCAAUGUCUAGGAAAAGUGCACAGAACAUGUUGGUAGCAAAAUCUGUCUGUGUUGCUUAUGUAAGGAAUGAAGAUUUGUGUGCUUUCUGUAAAGUAAUAUAUACGGAAAGCAACAAUAAUAUAUAUAUAUUGUCUGUAAUUUAUUUGUGUUUGCAGCUGGUAAGUGAAUUCCUCAAUGUUUAUGUGUGUGCUGGUAUCCAGAUGGUACAAAGGGAAUCAAUGAACCUUUGAAGAGAUGCUGUUGUUAUUAUAGUGUGCUGGAUGCUUGUUUGUCUGAAGGAAUUAUGUAUGGCUUCAUUUGGUGUAUGUUGUCAUAUUUAUAAUUGUUGUCGAAACCUACAGGAUGCUAUCUUAUGGUGUGAUAUUUAAAUAAAUUUUUAAAAAUA